CAAGCAUUUGAUUUGCUCAGUCAUCUUUCACUUUGGAAAACAGAGUCUCACUUAACAGGACAGAAACAGAGUAAAAACAGAACAGGGGCGAGCUGAACUUUAGAACACAUUUCCAUGGCAAGAAAAUUACACAUGGCAUUUCUUGUAGCCGUUGUGAUUGCUGUUUUGAUGCAGAUCUCCGCCGCUCAGACAACCCAUGUUGUAGGUAAUAACUCUGGCUGGAUUAUUCCUCCCGGCGGCGCUACUUUUUAUCCCAACUGGGCUGCAAACCAAACCUUCUCUGUGGGUGACACUCUUGUGUUUAAUUUUGCGGCAAACCAGCAUGAUGUGGCUAAAGUAACAAAAGCUGAUUACGAUGCUUGCACCACAACCAAUCCUAUUUCUAUGGAAACAGCCAGCCCAGCUAGAAUCACCAUUAAUGCUACCGGAGAGCACUAUUUCAUCUGCAAUUUCACCGGCCACUGCUCGGCCGGUCAAAAGUUGAUGAUCAAUGUUAGUGCCGCAACUUCUUCUCCAGCUCCCCAACCUUCUUCUUCCUCCUCUCCGGCACCUCAGCCUUCUACUUCUACUCCUACUCCUGCUCCUCAACCCAGCACCCCUUCUCCUCAACCUUCUGCUACUCCUGCUCCAACUCCUACUCCGGUUUCUGCCCCAUCACCUUCUCCAGUUUCUACACCGACUCCUUCACCGGUUUCUGCCCCAUCACCGGGACCAUCCGCGCCUGGAGUAACUUACACUGUUGGAGACAGUCAGGGCUGGACUCUUCUUUCCAAUACUGCCGCUUUUUACCAAAAUUGGGCUUCCGGCAAGAACUUUAUGCCCGGAGACAUCUUGGUUUUCAACUAUAACAAUGGAGCACAUGAUGUGGCUGAGUUGACUCAAGAAAAUUACAACUCUUGCAAUACAAAUAACCCAAUCUCUCUCAGUUCCACCCCACCAACAAGAAUCACUCUCACCGCCGGUGAGCAUUUCUACGUUUGUGCUAUCCCCGGCCACUGCUCUGCUGGCCAAAAGCUAGCCAUCAAUGUCACCAGCAGCGGCACUGCUACACCACCGUCCUCCACUGCUACACCACCGUCCUCCACCACUACACCACCAUCCUCCACCACUCCACCCACCCCAAUCGUCCCUCCUCCAUCAGACAGCUCUGCUAGAUCUCUGAGCGUCGCUGGUCUAUCUGCCACCUUAUUGUCGAUUGUUGUAGCUUGCUUGUAUUAAAUUGUGAUGAGAGGAUCCAUUAAUUAGAGUGAGAGUGAUUCAUUUUUAUGUAAUUUUAUUGUUAUACAGAUUGAGUUCAUAUAAUUGGACAGUUCAAUAAAGCUGUUUUUGAAAUUUCA